UCCAAAGUCCAAAGUGGCAAUCAAGUAGACAAAUGAGUCACAAACUCUGUUCAACGCUCUUUCGAAUACGAUUUCUCUCUACCCAUAAUACCAUUCGAAACUUCCAAAUCUCACGCCUUCAAACUUCCAGAUAUUUCUACACACUGAACCCUACUACUGCCAUUCACACUCUCAUCAGGCCUAUUUCCGUCAUUUCGAUCAAUCCGCAGUUUAUCGCCGUCGGACGAAGCAGACGAUCGACUAUCGCCGGCGUUUCAACCAUGGCCAGCCGCGGUGGAAACGGAGGAGAUUCAGUUACGUUUCAGUUAACUCCGUCGAGCUUGUUGAAGAUUCAGAAGGGUGAUAUUACUCGGUGGUUCAUAGACCGAUCCUCUGACGCUAUUGUCAAUCCUGCGAAUGAGAGAAUGUUGGGUGGUGGUGGUGCUGAUGGAGCCAUACAUCGAGCUGCUGGUCCAGAAUUACGAGAUGCAUGCUAUAAAGUACGAGAGGUACAUCCUGGAGUUCGCUGCCCAACAGGAGAAGCAAGGAUCACCCCAGGUUUCAGAUUGCCAGCUUCUCAUGUAAUCCACACUGUUGGACCAGUGUAUGAUGCUAACCCAAAUCCUAAAGCCUCUUUGACAAAUGCAUAUAGAAAUAGCCUGCGUGUGGCAAAAGAGAACAACGUUCAGUAUAUUGCUUUUCCUGCCAUAUCAUGUGGGGUCUUUGGAUAUCCUUACGGUGAAGCUGCCACUGUCGCUAUAUCUACUGUCAAAGAAUUUGGCAGUGACCUCAAAGAGCAUCAUCUAGGAGAUGAUCUUUGCACCAUAAGACCAGCAUGUUGUCGUGGGUUCCUUCAAAGGAUCUGCUGUUUCUCUCCUUCCACACAAUCCACCAUACUCAAGCAGAAAUCCCACCUGGAGUCUGUCCCUUUGGGCCAACCGCAGCCCAUGAAACUGGGGCAUGAUGGGCCCUCCCUCUAUCUUUCUCCUCUUAUAUAACAAAGUAAGUUCUCUUGGUGCAGGGUUCAAACCAUGACGCAAGACAUAGUGUCUCAAUCUUUCCCAAUUUAGCCGAACCCCUAGGGGUCAAAUCUGUUCUGUAACUUCAGUGUUGGAAGAGAUGAUUUAUGCUGUCAGAAUUUUUAUCACACAACAAACAUUUAGAACAAAGCUAGAACCCUCUUCCUCAAUAAAUUUUCUGGAGUCAAGCAUGCUUCCUUAGCUACUAGCCAAGAAAAAACAUGCCAUCUUUUAAGGCAUCUUUACUUUCCAUAUUUCCUUCCUAUGUCAUCUGAAUCCCUGUUGCCCACUGUGAUUGAGUGUUGUAUAUCUGAUUUUACAGUGUACAUACCUUUUCAUAUUAAUUUGACAACUUUACAAUCUACAUGUCAAGAUGUGGAAAGAGCUGGUUAAUAUACCCUUUUCACCCCACAAAUGAUUUUUAAUGCUAUUCAAAUUUGAACUGGUAAGCUCCUUUUGUAAAUACAAAGGUGGUACCAAAACCAACUUUAUUCUGAAAAUAGAAUGUAUUUGAGCCUAUCUUUGGUUGAAUAACUAUUUUGAGCAUCAGUACAUUUUUCUUUGCUUAAGAUCAGGUCCUUACUGUUAGAGC